AAAACUAAGAAAUCAAACACUAUUUUCACAACCUCUUUAGGCAUGCACAUGGAGAAACCAAGAGAAGAAAAGCUUAGAAACGUUUGGGAUUGUGGCAGCACCCUAUAUGACUCCUACGAGCUAAACUCCUUCAAACACCAAUUGGACUCAGCAAUAGCCAAUUCUCCGAGAAAUAGAAGAACCCUUUCCAUGCCUCACCAACGUUGUCUCUCACUUCAACAACCUCAACCUCAACCUCAACCUCAAACACCCGUGUCUAACAACAAGUCUUUCAAGAUCUCUCGAACCUUCCACAAACUCCUUCGCUUUGUUUUCAAGCCCACCAACAAACUAAGGGGCCCUAGUAACAACAUUAGUAGUUUCCGAGUGGAAGAUAAAUAUUCCAACAAGGACCGUUUAUACAUCGUUUAUGAUAAGUCCGAACCGGUCCUCUCCACAAUUCCCGAACUUCCGGAGUUUGAGGUGGCUGUGGUUUCGCCUGAGAUCACUUCCUUGGUCAGAAAGUCAGCGUCGGAGCGCUUUACGCCCACCAACGCUAUCGGUAUUUCGUGUGCUUAACAAAGGAUCAUCAUAAUUAACAAUUAUUAUUAUUUCAUCUCAUAAAUAGUAUUAGUGUGGCUUGUGCUUUUUUCUUUUUUUACAAGUUUUGAUGAUUCACGAUGCAAUUGUUUAAUUUAUGAAGCGCGUAUAGGAAUGUGUAACUUGGACGGUUAUGUGACUUGUCAUUAUUAUUAAUAAAAUACUCCACAGUUUUCGGUCCACGAAAUUAAAGAGAAAGUGAUUUGAUUAGGAUUGGGAUCGGAGUCAACUAUAGAGGUGAUAGUUAAAUUUUGAUUUAGAUGAAUAGGUGGAGGCGCAUCCAUAUUGAGGCCGCGGAGGUGGUUUAUCAACUUUUCAACUACAAAGUAGUUUUUAACUAUUUAUAUAAUCAAAUUUUACAGUCAUUCCUAUGCAAAAUAAUUAGAUAGGUAGAAUAUAUAAGUGUGGGAAACAAUGCACUUUCAACCACCUGGAAAAUAAGUCAGGUUAAACUCACUUUUUUAUUGGAGAUUUAAUUCGUAGAGAGUUAAGUUGGAUUCACUUGUUUACUCAGUAAAAAA